CCUGCCCGGACACCGUACAUUAACAGGAAGCAGAUGAUUUUGUGAAGGAGCGAUUGUUUACAUGCUCGAAGUCUGAAAUAAGACACCGCUGAUCUUUGGUUUAAAAAGAAAAACGAACACCAGAUCUCGGUGUUCAGGUGUGACUGACCUGAUGUCGUCCUCCGUGCAGCUGUUCCUGGACCAGUUUAAACCCUGCAGUGAAGCCGAGUCCAUGUGGUUACAGGAGAUGUUCAGCUUCAUCACACAAUACCUGUAUCCAGUGUGUCCCGCCCCUCCCACUGCUGAAGAAUUAUUGACAGGUAUGCACUCUGAUCACUGUGUGUCUCUGAGUGUGUGUGUGGUGAAGAAGAUCCAGGAGAACAUGACCGUCACACACACCUUACCUGUCAGCUACAGGCCGGUGUCUGUGUCUGAGCUGGUCUCCAGGCAGCACCUGGCCUGUGUCAGUCACUUGUCCUGGACCACCAGUCAACAGCGAGCAUGGGCAAGGGAGGCUGAGCUCUCUCUGUCAGGUCACCGGGCUCUGCCGCGGGUCAACCUACUGCUUAUUGGCUGUCUGAGAGCAGGGCGGGGCGGAGAGUGGAGACUGAUGGACAGCAGUGGGAGCAUCAGGUGUGAGGUCCUGUCUCCCUCUCCUCUGUGGCUGAAUCAUCCUGUCUUACUCCCGUGCUGGAACUACAUCCCCCACAGUGCCUCAGGGCAGGAUGAGGCCGGAGGCUGGGUGGAACUGAUUGGUUCUCCUGUGCCGCUCUGUCCUGGUUCUGAGCAGGGAUUGGCCACUGGUGCUGGAGGAGGGGCGGGGCUUAGCAAAGUAUUCGGGGUUAGAGAGGCUGCAGGUGUUCUGCAGCACAGGGUCAGAGGGCAACGGGUGGCGGUCUGUGGACAGGUGGGUUCAGUGUGCCCUCUGUUGGUCGUGGCAGGAACAACCUUCUUCUGCUUCACACUGACAGGCGAAAGAUGCAUGCUACCUGUGCUCGUAAAGGAGGGCAGCAGGCUGUGGUGGUCUCAGUUUCUGUGUGUCGGUCAGAGUGUGUGUGUGUCGGCGCUGCGUGUGUGUGUCCUGCGAGGCUGGAGAGGAAAUAACAUCCUGUGUGUGACUGACCAAUCAGAGAUACACACAGACUACACACUGGAACCCACACUUGUGGACCACACACACACGAGGUCACAUUCGGACACGCCCCCUGAGAUAAUGAUGUCACACGAUGAUAACUAUGAGGAGGCAGAGCCCGAGAGAGACUUCAUCCAAUCAGGUGUCAGGAUCAAACAGUCCAAAGUCAUCAGUUACCAGGGCAUGGUGACUGAGGUGGUGAGUGAGGGGGCGGGGCUGUACGUGAUUGACAGGAAGGUGGGUCUUUGCCUGGCCUAUCAGCCGACUCUGAGGAGGAGACUGAGAGCAGGAGACUGUGUGGAGCUCCAUCAUGUCCACUUCCUGUACCGGCCCUGUCCUGAGUUUCCUCCCAGCAUGCUCUGCACCUGUCUGCGCUCCAGCAUCAGGGUCACCUCUUUCAGCAGGGUAGGGGGAUCUCCACCUGAUUCCACCUGUUCCAAUGAUGGAGUGCUGCCACGGUUACUGCUAGACAAAAACAUGGGCGUGUCUGAGUACCUGUGGGCGUGUCACCUGAGGUCACAGCUGUCACACAGUCUGGUCCCCAGUGUGUUAAAGCAACAGUGUGUGUGUGUGUUGUCCUGGAAGCUGAUGGAGUUAGUGUGGAGACGAGGAAGAGGAAGGAGAGAUAUUUACUCUGAGAUGCUGGACGAGCCUCAUACCUGUCCCCUGACCCAGUACAGUGUCCACCCUGUGGUCCAUCAGUACAUAAGUCUCUCAGAGCUCAGUCAGUCUCUCCUGUCAGAGUCCUGGUCUUCAGUCUGUCUGAGCUCCCUGCUGCCUUCUGGUGGAUCCAGUCUGACCAGUUCUCAGAUAAACACAGCUUUGUCCUGGUCCCUCAGGACUUUGACCUCUGACCCUCACAACAACCCCCAGACCAAAGAGACACUCAGACGGCGCCCCCUGCUGCUGGUCGGGGUGUUGGAGCUUUCGUCUCUGACAUCUGAACACAAACACACUCUGCAGAUCAGAGACUCUACAGGAGCUGUGGCCUGCUGCAGGUUCAAUAUAUGUGUGUGUGUGUGUGUGUGUGUCACAGGUUGUUUGGUGUGUGUCCAGCAGUUCACCAUGGUAACGGAGAGAUUCCUCCAGUCAGAUUUCCCCUCGUACCAACACCUGGACCAGGACAGGUUCAUCACACGCAAACACUGCAGAGUUUACCUGCAGUUCUCUCUGGACCACCUGCACAUCCUGAGUCCAUCUACUGCCAUGAUAACACACCUGAGACAGAGGGGGGAGGAAUCACUAUGUGACAUCACAGACAGUAAACGGGUAGUAGAAGAAGAACAGGAAGGGGGACAGACAGCAGGGAGGAAGACAAGAAGAGGAGAAGACUCCGGUGUUGCUGUGGCAACACAGCCCUACAUCUCUGUGGUGAUCAUGGUGGAGCAGAAGGAUGGCAUGGCCUGGAAGAACAUGGAGGCGGGGCUAGAGGAGGAGGAGAUGGGACUGAUGCUAAGCUUCUCUGUGAGAGCUGUUGUGAUUGGUCCAGUGGUCAACUGGGGGCGGGACCCAAAAAACGGACCAAUGACAGACAGAGAGAUGGCGAGGGAGAGGGAGGACAAGGUCGUGCUGGUGUUCUCAGGUGUGUCAGUUCGGUGGUUUCCUCUCCUGCAGCCUGGAUGUUUCUACAGACUCAUCGCUGCUAACACUCGGGAUCCCAGUGUUCUGAUUGGCUCUGGUGUUUCUGAGCAGAGCAGGGUGGAGCUCCAAACUGACUCCACCCUACAGGUGCGAUCUGAUUGGAGGUUCCACACUCUGACACUCCCACAGCUGCUGCACACCUGCAAACAGGCUCUCUCACCCACAGUCCUGUCGGUCUCUGAGGUCCUGGACUGCAGUUCAGAGCUGGUGUGUUUUCAGGGUCUGGUGUCUGACAGGAUCAGUGUGGACGAUAGGACAAGCGACUCACACACAGGUGUGCGUCUCACUAUGUGUGACCAAAGUGGGAAGAGUCUUGAGGUGUACCUGGACCUAAGCCACACCCCCUACCAACCUGGCCUGUUGCCAGGCAACACCCUGCUGCUGUCUGGUUUCCAGAGGAGGCUGUCCAGGUCAGGAAGAGUGUACUGCAGUUAUUUACCCAUCAGCUCAGUAACCGUCACGUCACUGGGAGACACAAGCGCUGCUCGGCAUCCUCCUGCUCCCAUCAUGCACCUGGGUCUGUGGACUCUGAGCAGGGAGCACAUUGUGGGUCAGGUCAGAGGUCACGUGGUGCGUUUCCUGUUCCUGCAGCUGCAGUGGAGCUGCUCGCUGUGUGCCGGUCUCUACACACAGUCUUGUUCCAGUUCUCAGUGUCAUUCGACCUCCUCAGUGUUUCAGUCCAAAGCAAAAGUGGUGAUUGAUGAUGGCACAGGUGAGGUUCACGUUUGGUUCUCGGGUGCUCUGGUUCGUCCUCUGCUGGGAUUGGCUGACUCUCAGUGGGAUGGGCUUCAGAGGGCCCUCAGGGUCAAAGGUCACAUCAGAGUGUACCCCCGGGGGCAGAGUCUGGUGUGUGACUCUGAGUCUGAUGACGCCCUCCUCCACUUCCUGUUGUCUGUGUGCAGCACUGAUGUUGUGUGUCGUCCGAUCUCUAUCAUUUGCAGGAAAAAUAACAAUCAGAGACCACAGGAGCUGCGGAGGUUCAGUCGAGCAGACAGAGACUUCGUGACCAGGAUGCCUGCUCCUCUACAGCUCACCUGUCUGCACAUCCACACUGACUGAUCUCACCUGUCUGUGUAGUAACACCGACUGACAAGUUUAACUUCAUGUUUACACUACAAGCUCUGUGAGCCAGACAGUUUAACGUCCAAUUGGACAGAACCUAAUGUUCUUUAAGAUUCAUUUUAAUGUUGAACAUGUUACAAGUGAAUAAAUCCAUUUUCUCUCCAGUCUGAACUCAUACUUCACAGAACAGUCACCUUUCGCCCAGGUGAACAGUCCCAUACUGUACAAAUUUACCAGUUAGGGACUGACUCUCAAGUGGAGAUCUCCUGAUCACAUCUUCAGUAUUUAAAAUGUCACCUGAUUUAUUUUUAUUCCGGAGUUUACUGAAGCACCAAUAGCCUCUCAUUAUCAAUAAACUAAACCUGAACGAAGGGAAACAGAAUCAAUCUCAGUGUCAAGGGUUGGGCAGGACUCAGGUUGCAGGCACAGGCUGAGGUACAGUAAUUAAUAGAUUUUAAUAUAAUUGAUAUGGAACAAAGAGACAAGUGGAACAAUUAAGGAGCUCAACCUGACAAAACAACACAAAGAAGAAGACAACAAAUAGACAGUUCAGUGAGGGAGCUAUAUAACAAACAGAAAAUACAUGGAACAAAACCAACAAAUCAAAGGAGCAGCGAAAACCCAAAGUAGCAGGUUAAGUCCAGAUUAACAUAGUCCAUAACAAGGGAGAGGGGAAGAUUCCAAAAACCUACAAGUAGCAAACAAAACUGGAGAUAGUGAUGUUCCAUCUGACACCAAGGCUCUGAAGCUUGCUUCAAACUUGGAAGGGUAUUUUUCUUAAGCACUGUGCUGGAGCUUGCUUCAAAUCGGGAAAAACCAUGUGACUGAUGAUGCUCAAACCACUUCCCUGCUUCAUUCACACUGAAUCAGCUGACUGGUUUAGUUCGAUAGGAGCUUUGAAACAACGCGAUACAGAUGUAUUUAAAUUGGAUGAAACUGUGUUCUGUCCUACCUCCUGUCAACACAUUUUGGAUUGCCUUGCUAUGG